UAUGACAUGUUGAUGUGAUGAUAACAAUUUGUUAUUAUGUGUGUCAUGUGGUGGUAAAUAGUGUCGCUGUUGAUUUAGUGAUCAGCUGCGUUUUAUUUCCUUUCUAGCUGUAGAUCAUAACAGAACUGAUAAGAGAGACAUUGAAUUUUUAAACUGAAAGUUAAUUGUUAAUACAUAAACUUAAAUAACAUAGACUCAAUUGUUUCCUUAUUUUUUACUGGAGCACGAAGAUGGAAGUUAAUGUCGUGGGCACAUACGGUAAAAAAGAGAAAUUUAGUCAUCAAAGAGUUCCAUCAGGAUCUCAUGAAUUUAAAGAAAUGACUAAACGCGACGCUGUUAACCAACUGCAGCAUGAACUUGACAGCCUGUUGAGUACCGCCACUGAGAAUCAAAUUCCAAAGCUGAGAACACAACUUGAAUGUUUUAGGCAGCUUUUUGAGCGCUUUCUCAGCGAAAAGGGUCCAUCAAUUAUCUGGGAACGUAUUGAAAAGCUUCCCGAAGAUGCCGUUAAGGAUUACUUUUCUCUUCCGGAACCGUCAACACAACUCGUGCGCGAGAUGUUAAACAAACUUGUUGUAAUCAAGUUGAAUGGUGGUCUGGGAACUUCAAUGGGUUGCCAUGGCCCUAAGUCUAUGAUUCAUGUGCGAAACGAAUUAAAUUUUCUUGAUCUCACUGUGCAACAAAUUGAACAUCUCAAUAAGACGUACGAUGUCAAUGUACCCCUUGUUUUAAUGAACUCGUUCAACACCGACGAUGAUACCCAAAAAUUUGUACGUAGAUAUAAAGGUCUUCAAGUCGAGAUAUAUACUUUCAACCAGAGCUGUUUCCCAAGAAUCAGCAGGGAUACGUUACUACCGAUUGCAAGAACAUGUGAUAUUGAAGGUGACAUGGAAGCAUGGUAUCCACCUGGCCACGGUGAUUUUUAUGACAGCUUCAGAAACUGUGGGCUCUUAAAAGAGUUUAUUCAACAAGGUCGUGAAUAUUGUUUUAUAUCUAAUAUUGACAACCUUGGAGCAACUGUUGAUCCAAAAAUUCUGAAUCUUCUCUUCCGCCCCGAAGACAGAUCACCAGAAUUUGUGAUGGAGGUAACAGACAAGACAAGAGCUGACGUGAAAGGUGGUACCUUAAUACAAUAUGAACAAAAGUUACGAUUGCUGGAAAUUGCACAAGUUCCUAAAGAACAUAUCGAUGAUUUCAAGUCAGUAAAGACUUUCAAAUUCUUCAAUACAAAUAAUUUAUGGGUAAAACUCAGUGCUAUAGAACGAGUGCUGCAAGAAAAAACACUGAAUAUGGAAAUUAUUGUGAACAAUAAAACAUUAGCUAACGGACUGAAUGUUAUUCAACUAGAGACUGCUGUAGGUGCAGCAAUGAAGACUUUUAAUGGUGGCCUCGGUAUAAAUGUUCCUCGGAUGCGUUUCUUGCCAGUCAAGAAGACAUCAGAUUUACUGUUAGUGAAAAGUAACUUAUACAGCCUCAACCAUGGCUCUCUUUUUAUGAGCCCCUUGCGCAUGUUCCCCACGACACCAUUGGUCAAGCUGGGUGACAAUCAUUUCGCAAAAGUAAAGGAAUUUCUAUCAAGAUUUGCGGAUAUUCCAGAUCUUCUUGAACUUGAUCAUUUAACUGUUUCUGGUGAUGUGACAUUUGGGAGGGGUGUGUCUCUGAAAGGCACUGUAAUUAUUGUUGCUAAUCAUGGUGACAGAAUUGAUAUACCAUCAGGGGCAGUGUUGGAAAAUAAAAUAGUGUCAGGCAAUUUGAGAAUUUUGGAUCACUAGUACUGUGUUAAAAUUCUGCAAUGAUGAUUCUCUGUUUAUGUUUGCUACAAAAAGAAAUGCAGACAAAUUGUUAUGUUUCAUCCAAAUGUUAGAUUUUCUUGCAUUCACUAGUCCUGAUUUUUAUGUUUGUUAAUUACUAUUAGUAAUCUGGAUUCACAGUUGUAUCCAUGAAAAUUUUAUUCAAAUUUUUUCUUACUUCUGAUAUGAACCUGUAGUUAUUGCCACCCCUUUGCAUUUGGACUUAAAUAUUUGUUACUCUUACCAUUUCAGGUAUUCAGGUGAGCUUAAUGUCAGUAUAUGUACGGGAGAGCUUGGUUGCUUCCUAAUAUAGUCUAAAAUUCAAAAUUGUAACUAAUUCAUUGUUAAGGUGUUGCUUAGAAUUUCAUGAGUUGUUGCCUGUGGUUCAUAGUGUUGUUUCAAGGUUUCAAUAAUGGUAAAUCAUCAGAUAUGUCGUGAUGAUCUCUUCUCCAGGACCGAUUAUAAAAUUAUUGCCUGAGUAAGUGAUUUUAUAUGAGUUCUAUGUUAUGCAGUUUGUGAGCACUAAUAAACUAUAAAAAAGAACACAUCUAUUAAUAGAAAUAUAUAUUCUUUUAAUGACGAUCUAUUGUAAAUGAUGUCUGCAUCUCAUAUAUUUCCACUGCUUUCAGGAGUUUGCAAUAGAUAAGUUAUACAGAUUUCUUAGUCACAAUACAACUUACUAUUAAUUUUAUAGUAUUUUUUGGUCACACUUGAUUCUUUCCUGAUGUAAAAAUUGCUUAAAUGCUUCUCAAGUGUAACAACAGCACACCAUCUUUAGGUUCAGAUGGUACUGUAGGGUGCUGUAAUGCCAAUCCAAUGUACAUGGCAGCUUGCAAGGAAAACAUAGACAGCCAGAGGAAGGGAGGGACUAAAUCACUGCAGGGGAAUUUGACAUGAAGAAUUUCCUUUCAGAGAAAAUACUAUGGAUCCCACAUUGUGUUGAAAUCCUGGCUGCAGACCAAGACCUAGGAAUUGUGACAAAUUGUUACUGUCUGGCUUGUGUGCCCUGGUUUCAAGCCCCUGUUAGUGUGUUUGAUUCAUUGUUUUAAUCCCCUUCCCCUCUUCUGGGCACUUGAACUUUUGCUAUGGGCAUCCAUGUAAACUUGUCACUACAGCUCCCUAUAACAGCAUAAGUUCAUGAAAAUGGUGAGCAGCUGUUGUAUAGAAAUAUAUGCAGGUAGUGUUACGACAGCAUGCAACAUUAUGCUAAAGGACCGUUUAUACAGUUGCUUACGUAUAAUUUUUUUUCCAAAGCACUUACAGUGUACAAUUCAGAUAACCGAUGAUUCAUUAAAUAAAUCAGAUGCUAUAUUGUCUAUUUCCUGAUUUAAUAACUCUUGUUCAUGGUACUGUGCAGCAUUAAUACUGCUUUGCCAUUGCCUGUUUCACACUUACUUCUUCUGUUAAGCUGUGUGAAUGGCUGUAUAAUUUAUUUUGCAUAAGAGGAGUAAAUUCAUGUAGGCCUAUACAAUUUAGUUAUGGAUAGGGUAAAUUCAAUCUUUUGUGUUUCAUAUUUGGAUCCUGUGUGUAUCACUUAUUUGUGGAAAAUGUCACACUUAAUGGACAUUCACCCUGAAUGUUGAAAAGUUUCCUUAAAAACAAUUACAUACUGAACAGUAAAUCAGAAAAUACUCUGUGGAGUGAAAUUACUGUUAGUGUAGACUGCAUGCAAAAAGUAGUAGUGUGUUAGAUAUAAAUCCAUUGUUUUGUAGUAAAUUACUACUGGACGUGAUAAAGUCUUGUGAAAUGUUUUAAAAUAAAAAUGAUUGUUGUAUAGUUCAUAGUUUCAGCACUCACAGUGUGAGAGUUAAAUCAGAAAUGUUGUUUGUAAUGGAAUACUAUGCAAAGUAUAUUUGUAGACCAGGUAUAAAAUAUAAUAGUAUGUGUUAUGAAUUUCUGUGAGCUACUGUGGUGAUAUUACAAAUAAUUGCUUGUAAAAACCACACUGUUAAAAUUUGUGCAUUAGAAACAUUGAAAAGUUUUAGCUAUUAAACUCAGUUCAGUUGUAUAAUACCUUAUUUACAGUAGGGAAAUGACAGGAUUGCUUCUGUGGGUGAUAAACAGUUUAGCAAAUGAUGAGAAUAUAGGAAGAGUUUAUGAAAAUACAACGUCUGUAACUAGCCUAACUGCAACAAGAUCAGAAGAUCAGAUUGCAUUCUCUAUCCCUAAGUGCAAUGGAUUGUGUUUAUGUAGUAUGUAAUGUGCGCUGUGAAGGAAACAAUGUAAGAUGGAAUAGACAUAUAUGUAUUUUUAAAUCAUUUGCUUCAUCAGUAAUCUCAUUUAUGAAGCUGUUCUUUUUCAAUUUUGGUGAGGUCCUUUUUGUAUAUUACUGCUAUGUAUGUGAAAAGUAAGUGUAGGGUACUAAAUUGUGAAUAAACUGAGUAGACUGUUGUUGUUCUUCUUAGUUCAACCUCAAUUUAAAACAAAUUGUUUUAUGGUGUUUCUAAAUUGGCUGUUUGGAAUAUUUCACCACUAGAAUGAAUAUAAUAUUUUAGAAAAAAAAAGCUUUAUUUUCUGUCUGUUUUACUUUUCAUUUUCAUCCUUAUGAGUGAAAUACCAGUACAUAGCUCCCCCCCCCCCC